AUGGCACGCGGUUACUGCACAGAGGUCUCUGCACAAUGCCCGGUAGAAGCAACCACCUAUGGAUAUCGACCUAAUUUGGGAGGAGACAUCUUCUUCUGCGUCGUGUUCGGAAUCCUGUUCCUCGCUCAACUCUUCCUCGGAAUCAAGGCUCGUCUGAAGGGCUUCACAUUUGCUGUUGUUAUUGGAUGCUUUGGAGAAUGUGUUGGCUACAUCGGCAGACUGAUCAUGCACAACAACCCAUGGAGUCAGACCGGUUUCAAGAUUCAGAUUGUCUGCCUUAUUCUGUCGCCUUCCUUCCUCGCCGCUGGAAUUUACCUCACCAUUAAGCAUCUGGUUAUCCACUUCGGGCCUCAAUACUCUAGACUGAAGCCAAGUCUCUACACCUGGAUUUUCAUUACCGCCGAUGCAGCCAGUAUUCUUGUUCAAGCCGCCGGUGGUGGCAUCGCUGCCGGCGAGCAGCCCGACCUGAUCAAGAUCGGAAACUCAAUCAUGGUCGCCGGUAUCUGCGUCCAGGUCGCUACUAUGGCCCUGUGCGGUCUCGUCGCCGCCGACUUCUUCUUCCGCCGCUACAGAUCCCGCGAGGCACAAAACAACCUUGACGACCCCAUGACUCGCUCGACUCCCGGCUUCAAGUACUAUGUUGGCGCCUCGGGCCUUGCCUUCGUUACCGUCUUCAUUCGUUCCGUAUACCGUAUCCCUGAGAUGGUUGGUGGUUGGGGCAACCCCUUGAUGCAAAACGAGACCGAGUUCCUAGUUCUCGACGGAAUGAUGGUCUGUAUCGCCGCCAUCGCCCUGACAGUCGCCCACCCCGGAAUUUNNUUCUUCCCCGAGUUCAGGGAGCACAAGGCUCUCAAGACAGAAAAGAAGAAGAGCAAGAAGAACAAGAAGGCCGAGGAGGCCGGGCUAGAGCUGUCAAGCAGUGGUGACAGCGUGUAA